AUGCGAUUCUCGAGAUCUUUGAAAUCAUCAACUCAAUCCCUCCCAAGCCCCAAUGGCGCAUACCUCGCAACCAUUUUCCCCUCCCAACUCAGCAUUCGAGAAACGCGAUCCCUAGAAAUCCAACGCGUUAUCUCUCUCCCGCCAGAUCUCGCCGUAUCAUGGUUCCUGUGGUCCGAAUCCUCGAAUCGGAUACUCGUCGCUUCUGCAGAGAUCAUACGAGUCUAUUCUCUCACCAACGCGAAAUUCGCUGCCAAUAUCACGAAUGCGGGGACCACGAAAGUAACUUUGGUUACUUUUGGAGCUGGGGAUGAUGAGGUUUUGGUGUUCUCGGAAUAUGGGCUGAAAGUCUCGGUUUAUAAUCUUUCGACGGCGAAAGCUGUGGAUAUCAAUGCGCCGAAAUUCUAUAAUGCUGGUGUGGCGGCGAGGGGAUAUUCGUAUCGACCGCAGACUUCACAUCUAGCGCUUCUGACGAGGAGUGGUGGGAAGGAUGUGGUUAGCAUACAUACUCCUGGGACGCUGGAUGUUCUAAGGUCAUGGAUUCCUCAGAGUGUUGAUGCGCAGGGACUGUAUUGGAGUUCAGACGGGAGAUGGCUUGUACUUUGGGAGUCGGCGUCGCAAGGACAUAGACUGUUUGUCUAUACGGCGGAUGGACAUUUGUUUAAGACUUGGAAUGGGCCUAUGUCCGCGGACGAUGAUAUUGCUCUAGGAGCUGGGAUCAAGAUUUUCGAAUGGAGUGGGAAUGGUGCAUAUAUUGCUUUGGGAGAUUACAGCGCGAGAGUUACUUUACUCUCUGCUCCCUCGUUCUCCGAAUCUAUGAGCUUGGUUCAUCCAGCUGCUGUCAAACCGGCAGAAUCUCUGCAGAUUUGGCAAGAACAAAUCGUCCCUGGAGGAUUCGACCGCGAAUUCAUACAAGCCACACAAUCCAUCUGCCCUCCCACCAUAGCAUCUCCCGCCAACACAGAGACGAAGACUGGCACCAAUCUCCUGAUGUUCGACAACUCUGGAACAUUAUUGGGAACACGGACAGAGAACAUGCCGACCACGAUUUGGAUCUGGGACAUCGGCAGCACACGUACACUGAGAUCUGUAAUCAUCCUCCAUGCUCCCAUCGCGAAAGCGACCUGGCACCCCACCAUCGACGAGCUCCUCAUGAUCAGGUGUGAAGGCGAUCGCGGCCUUGUCCAUCUCUGGGACCCAUCCUGGGAAAGUCCCAAGGUCAUCGAUUUCGCCAAACAGAUCCCAGGUGGAAAACUACUAGGAAAAACAGCCGUGCGAUGGUUGAAUGCUUCGCAACCUGCUAUCUUCUUCAGUGAUUCUCAAGAUUGUAUUCUAGCUUCACUUUCUGAGGACGAGAGUGAGGUUCCGUGGCGGGAUGCUGAGGUUAGGGGAUUUGAUAUUUAUGGACAGAGGGAGGAGAGUCCGUUGCAGCUUGUGCCGGCGGAUGAGAAGGGUGGGAAAGGAAAGGUUUCUAUUGCUGAUUUGAUUGAUGAGGAGAGUGAGGAAGGGGGGAUGAUGAUGAGUGGAGGGAGUGAUGAGGUGGAUGAUACGUUUCAGUUUAGGAAGUUUGUUGAUUGA